AUGGCCCAGUAUUCCUUCGCCGGGGGUUUCGUCCUGCAGACCAACGUGACCUUUAGCAACUACACCGUCGAUCGGGUAUUCAUCAACGCACUCGACGUGAGCGCGACCGGUGUCAGUGGCUUGCUCGGAUUGGGGCCCGUAAGCAUCUCUCUGCACUUGGAACGCAUGACUGCAGCCCUAUCUUUACCUUCGUCACCCCCUCCAGUCCUGCUCAGCAGUCGGUUGCGUCCUCUCAGCUCCCAACUUGGAAGCUCAGCGUUCUGCGGAUUGACCGUUCUGGAGAACGUGAGCGCUCUAUCGACGCGCGGGGGGGGGGAAGUACCGCGGGAGUCUCGCAUCGUCUUUCAAAGGUCCUUGCCUUCGACUUCGACUUCGGGCUUGGGCUUGGGCUUGACUGGGAUUCAUGAUGUGCGUGCCAUGCGAGAGCUUCUUUGCCGGCAUCGACGUGUCUGCGUUUUGCGUUCUGCGGGGGCGUCACGGUUCUCGUGCGUGUUUGGUUCUAUACGUCUAGGGAGCUCGUUCUUCGUGCGCCUCCUGCCCCCCCUCCCUCGUAGGCCUUCUGUGCAAUUGUCUCUUCUGCGGUAUCACCGUCGGAUCACGUCCUCACGCUCUUCUCUUCCAGAGGAGAGGGUCGUUCCUAGUGCGUCUAUCGCCCCAUGCUCCAUCCUCUAUCCGCUUGUCUAA